GCUCUAUCCCCCCGCCCGCCCUUACAUUUUGCCGUUGUCGCCCUCACUUCUGGCUUUAUUUUCUACGUUUCUUUUGGAUCAUGUUGGUGCUCGUUUCUCGACAACAUCAUUCCUGGGUUCGGGUGCAGCACAUCCGUUUGUGCUUUCUCAUAGACCAUACGCGUCUGGAUUCUGCAUAGUGUAUUGCGCAGCCACUGCUUGUGCUGGCAACACUCAUCGACCUACUGAGAACCUAGACCUUUGCCGUUUGCAUCGUUCAUGGGAGUCUCCUCGAAUUGCAUACUUGACGAUCGACCAAUCCCCCACCACUGUGAACAGAAUCACAACUGUUCGAGCAGGAUCUUCGAGCGCCCUGCCGUCGACUUCAACUUUUAGCCGUCCGACUCGCUACCGGUGGAACCCAAGAUAGACACCCCUCGCAUUCAUGCCUCUGGUUUGGCCUGGCUACACAACGUGCUCCCUCAAGACCGGGUUAUCGAUAAUUAAACAUACGCCCACUCACCAUGAACACACCCGAAGAGAAGGUCAACCUGGAUAAGGGCGAUCUUGACUUGCUCAGCAUCAUCGAACGGACGUGCUCGGUGUUUUCCCUACUAGGAUGUGUCUUCAUCAUUGUAACAUUCUGCUCGUCGAGAGCGUUUCACAAGCCUAUCAACCGGCUAGUAUUCUUCGCCUCCUUUGGCAACAUGAUGACAAAUGUCGGGACUCUCAUGGCGAGGUCAUAUAUUGGCUCUCCUGAUUCCGCGGGCUGUCAACUUCAGGCUUUUCUGGUGCAGAUGUUUAUGCCGGCCGAUGCAUUUUGGACGCUCACCAUGGCCAUCAAUGUGUAUCUAACAUUCUACUACAAAUUUGACGCCGAAAGACUACGGAGGAUGGAGACUCCCUACCUCAUCUUCUGCUACGGUAUUCCGUUCAUCCCCGCACUGGUAUAUGUCUUUAUCAGGAACGGCGACGGCCAGAGAGUCUACGGAAAUGCAACGCUAUGGUGCUGGGUCACGCCCGAGUGGGAAAUCUGGCGCAUUCUCACGUUUUACGGGCCUGUCUGGAUUGCAAUCCUGAUCACCUUCUUUAUCUACAUCCGCGCUGGUAGGGAGAUCUAUCAGAAGCGCAAGCAGCUUCGCAACUUUAGCUCUUCCGACCCCGAUCAAGGGAACUCGUUCCACGACGUUCUCACCUCAAUGAAGACAACAGAAGUCUAUGUCACCUCAGAGGUGGUGAUCGACCAACCGCAUGGCUCUAUCGGGCUGGGUCCGAUGGGAAGACGUGGGUCAGAAGCCAGCCCAUCCCCGCGGAUGCCCAAUGCCGCCGCCUAUUCCGUUAGCAUCUCUGCGAGCCAUAACCACAAUCGCAACGAGUCGCUGGCCGACGCAGUCCUCCCUGUAGAAAACACUGCGGCCGAAGCUGCCACGCAUCGUCCCAUCAACUCGGCUCGUCGGCGCAAUUUCGAGCUCAACAACGCUGCGUGGUCGUACACCAAGUGCUCCAUCCUAUUUUUCACCGUCAUUCUCAUCACUUGGGUCCCGUCGAGCGCCAACCGCGUUUACUCGGUCAUCCACACGAGGGAAUCCUCAACACCCCUUGAGUUCAUGAGUGCCUUCGUCCUCCCACUACAAGGAUUCUGGAACGCCCUCAUCUAUGUUGUAACCUCAUGGAAGGCUUGCAAGACUCUAUGGACCGACAUCAAGUAUGCGUCUCGACGGCCAGACGUCACGGAGAUCGUUGGUAAUUUCCGCCACAGUGACUCGUUCAGGAUAGCGAGCCAAAACCGAAGAACAAAGAACUACGAGAGUGAAAGCAUAGCAGAACUCACAAACAGCCGACCAAGCUCCAAGGAGCAGGUUUCGCGGGCAUAGACGACUUGUGUACUGUAGUGAUAGCAACCCGUUUUCAUGUGAACGAUACCCAAUGCUAUGCAGAAAGUUUUGUUUGGGGGUGAGGGCGAGCGAGGCUCCGUCGUAUUGAUAUGUCAAGGUUCAACAUCGCUUUUCGAAGGAGCGUGUACUGUACAUAUUCCCACGGUCUUACAGAACACAUGAUUUGUUGAAUCAGACAGAUUAAUCAUUUACAAUGACAUUUGUUAGGUUGCGUUCAACGCCGGCCU